GAUAUUUUAGUGGCGUGGUCCAAUUGGGGCAAUCGUCGGAUCGGAAUGUCAACUGUGUAGAAAUGUUGUGGUUUUUGUGUAAACUGGAAAGAAGAAACAAGUGUCCUUAAUAAUUGAUUUAGCUUCAAUGGAACGAGAGCUACUGGCACCAAAUGUACGACUAAUGUGAUGAUGCUGCCAGUACAUGAAGUGAAUAAGCAGUUUAGCAUGUGGCAGAAGACCAAGUUUGAAAAGUGACGUCAUUUAUUCAUCAUUAUCACUCCAUCAACAACCCGGACCGGACCGAACGGCGCGCCGCAGCGAUAGACGGGUGCUAUUUUGGUGUUACUUUUACGAGGUGCCUUUACACUUCUAGCAGUCGCUCGUCAUUGCUAGGUCCAUCAAAGGAAUGCAUUAUACAUGAGAGUAAAUAGUAAAUUGAGCCACACAAUGGUCAUAUUCCUAUAUCUAAUACUAGUUCUCGCGUGGGCCCUGCUAAUUAUCAUACUGAAGUGUAAAAAGGCUCGCGCCAAACGACUCGCCGAACUUCAGGAAGCCGCCCAAUCGGUGCACGUGGUUCAGAUUGGCUCCAACCUUUACGACAUCAUGUCGAUUCAGCACCAUCAUCAUCACCGGGCGCCAUACGGAACGGUCUACGACUGUCUGGGGACGGGCGAGGUCUGCGGCCAGACGCACCGAUCCGGCACAACCACCGUCACACACUCGAAUGCCGCCUUCAUCGGCGACGACGGCAGUAUCUACCCGGGCAGCAACAUUCCACCUUUGGAACCGCCGCCAUCAUAUGACGAGGUGAUAAGACUGCCGGCUCACUACCCCAAGGUGGAAACGUUCGUCCCGGAGAUGGUCGUUCCACCUUCGUCGUCUGCACCCUCUGCGCCGCAUAUUGACGAUCGCAGCAACGGAGGAAGUGCUGUCGGUGCGGUGGGGCCUGCUACCAUCUCCGGUAUGGUUGACCCAAACGGCACCGGACGGAAUAAGACUAUCUCAACAGUGACGAAUGCCUAACUAGUCCUGUCUACGACUGGAGCAAAGCUUUUUUGUAGUAGAUAAAUUGUUUUGUUUUAGGAAUGAUACAUUCACUUAAACUAGUUGUAAUAUCAUCAUUAAUUUAAGGAUUUAAUAGCUGACUACCGUGCAAUAAAUUGAAUAAUUCAUGAUUUGAAUCAAA